GAAUAUGAACAUGAAAGACAAUCCAAUUACUUUCUUGCUAUUAUUCUAUAUUUUCUUAGUGUUUUUUGGUGUGUCGAAAUCAUCAUCAGCAGACAUGAUUGAAGAAGGGAAUGGAAGUGACCGUGAAGUUUAUAUUGUGUAUAUGGGGGCAGCAGAUUCAACUAAAACUUCUCUUCGGAAUGACCACGCUCAUGUUCUGAAUUCAGUGCUAACGAGGAAUGAGAAGGCUCUAGUUCGCAAUUACAAGCAUGGUUUCUCAGGGUUCGCAGCUCGUUUAUCAAAAGAGGAGGCAGAGUCAAUUUCCCAGAAACCAGGGGUGGUUUCUGUCUUUCCUGAUCCCAUUCUGAAGCUCCACACAACCCGUUCUUGGGAUUUUCUUAAGAACCAAAGUAUCACCGUCAAAAUCCACCACCCAAGCAAGGUCUCCAAUUCUGCUCCCUCUAAAGACGUCAUCAUUGGCAUCUUUGACUCAGGUAUAUGGCCAGAAUCACCGAGUUUUAGCGACGAGGGAAUGGGCCCUGUUCCAUCUCGGUGGAAAGGCAGCUGCAUGAAAUCGUACGACUUCAAUUCAUCUCACUGUAACAGGAAGAUAAUCGGAGCAAGGUAUUACCAUGACCCGGAAGGAAACAGAGAGUAUGAGACAGCGAGGGACAAAGACGGCCACGGAAGCCACGUGGCAUCGACAGCGGCGGGAAUGAGCGUGGCCGACGCAUCAUUCUACGGCGUGGCGGCGGGGACAACCAAGAGUGGGUCUCCAGAGUCGCGAUUGGCGAUUUACAAAGUGUGCUUCCAAUAUGAGUGCCCUGGCUCCGCUGUUCUUGCGGCGUUUGACGAUGCCAUCGCUGACGGAGUUGAUGUCAUUUCGCUCUCCGUUGGUUCCUUCUUUGGUUUCAACCCCGAGUUGAAGGACGACACAAUCUCCAUUGGAGCCUUUCACGCCGUCGAGCGCGGCAUCCUCGUCGUUUGCUCCGCCGGAAACAGCGGACCCAGCUUAAACACCGUUGUCAAUGACGCACCUUGGAUUUUCACCGUUGCAGCCUCUUCCAUAGACCGGGAUUUUAAGUCCAACCUUGUCUUGGGUCAUAACAAACUCAUCAAGGGGGAAGCCUUAAAUUUCUCUCCUCUUUCAAAUUCCCCAAAGUACCCACUGAUAUAUGGAGAGUCUGCCAAGGCAAAGGAUGCCAAGUUAACUGAUGCGAGACAAUGUUUUCCAGACUCAUUUGAUGAACACAAAGUGAAAGGAAAGAUUGUUGUAUGCGACGGCACAGAUCAUUCAUAUUCAACUAGUUUAAAAGUUCAGGCUGUGCAAGAUGUUAGAGGAAUAGGUGUGGUUCAUAUUACUGACCCAUUAGGAGGAACACAGAGAGAUAAUUUUGGAGACUUCCCAGUAACCGAGAUAAGUUCAAUAGAUGCCACCACAAUCCUUCAGUAUGUUAAUUCAACUCGGAAUCCAGUGGCAACAAUUCUACCAACAUUUUCAGUAAUUGAUUUUAAGCCUGCACCCAUGAUACCGUCCUUUUCGUCAAAAGGGCCUUCAUCACUUUCCAAGAACAUUCUCAAACCUGAUAUUGCAGCACCCGGAGUUAACAUUCUUGCAUCAUGGAUUGGCAAUGACAAAGAAGGUGUUCCGAAAGGAAAAAAGCCCUCCCAAUUCAACAUCAUCUCGGGAACUUCCAUGGCAUGCCCACAUGUUUCAGGACUUGCAGCUACAAUUAAAUCUCAAAAUCCCACUUGGAGUGCCUCUGCAAUCAAAUCAGCAAUAAUGACCACAGCAACUCCAAAAAACAAUUUGAAGGCUCCAAUAACAAAGGAUAAUGGAUCAGUAGCCACACCAUAUGACUUUGGAGCAGGGCAAAUGACAAUAUAUGGACCAUUCCACCCAGGACUAGUUUACGAAACCAGUGCAAUUGACUACUUGAACUAUAUAUGUUACAGUGGAUAUAAUAUAACCAUGGUUAAGAUUAUUUCUAGAACCGUUCCUGAUAAUUUCAGUUGCCCUGAGGAUUCAAGUUCUCGUCAAAUUUCCAACAUUAACUACCCUUCGAUAGCAAUCUCUGACCUCAAUGGGAAAGGAGUUGUGAAUGUGACUAGAACUGUGACAAAUGUUGGUGAAGACGAUGAAACAAUAUAUUCCCCUGUUGUCGAUGCUCCCAGUGGGGUAAAUGUCAAGUUGAUACCAAAUAAACUCCAAUUCACAAAACAAAAUAAAAAACUAUCGUACCAAGUUAUUUUUUCCUUUACUUCAACGAAGUUGAAGAAAGAUCUAUUUGGAUCCAUUACAUGGAGUAAUGGUAAGUAUAUUGUUCGGAGUCCAUUUGUAUUAGCUACGUAAUUAAACUACAAGCAUCUAUAUGCAUGAAUAAAUGAGCCUAAUUCUUCUA